AGCAAAUCUCUCACUCAUCACCGUUUCGGAACCCUCCUAAAAUCCUUCAUAUCUCGCUCACUGCUCGGAAAAAAAUCUCUUCUCUGCUCUGAAACUUUCUCUUUCAGUGAAAGGUUGUCGAAAUGCAGAAGUCUCGUGAAAGCGGUUUCUUGUUCUGUAAUAUGUGUUCAACUAUGCUAAUCUUGAAAUCAAGUAAGUAUGCGGAGUGUCCUCUAUGCAAAACAACUCGAAAUGCUCAAGAAAUCAUUGGCAAGGAUAUAGCUAACGUAGUUUCUGAUGAGGAUAUCAGAAGAGAGCUUGGAAUAUCUCUGUUUGGUGAAAAAACGCAAGAAGACACUGAGCUACCUAAGAUCAAAAAGGCCUGCGAGAAAUGCCAACACCCUGAGCUUGUAUACACAACCAGACAGACAAGAUCAGCAGACGAAGGACAAACAACGUAUUAUACUUGCCCCAAUUGUGGACAUAGAUUCACAGAAGGCUGA